AUGUUCAAUGCCAAUUAUUCUGGCUAUUCUGGAUUUCACUCGAAGUUGAACACUGUUAAACGAAUGAAUCCUUCGGAAUUCCGUGAUAGUUCUGAUUCCACAUUUUUGAAGGACUUAAAAGAAUUACCUCCACUCCAUCCGUCUGAAGUCGAGACCGUUCUCCGCAAAAAAGAUGCUGGAUUACGUAAUGUCUCCCAAAAGGUGGAACCAAUAUUUCCGCCGCCGCCUGACCCCUCCUGCACUGUUACUCCUAGAACAUCUGCUCCGACUUUGAAUAAGUCCUGUAGCUCUGGCACUCACCGACUCCGUAAGGGAGCUCAAUUAUUUAAUCAGGCCGAACACGCCAAUAGCAAGUACUCCACGCCAACAACUUCAGGUGUCACCAACUUUGGUCCAGCCACACGUCAAGGUACUCUUCCUGUUCCAUCCAUCCACAGUGAACCAUACCCUUACGUGGAUUUCCAAACUAAAUACGACCCCAGUUGCUAUCCGAGCAUGUCUUCUGGUUACGACCAGUUUACACUACCCAGGUUUCCAAAUGAUUAUGGCAACUUCAGUCCUUAUGCGCGAUCACCGGGUUAUUCUGCGUGGGCUUCUUUAGGAAAAUACGAUCAAUCUGUACCCAAUCGGAUUUCUCAAAACCCAAUAACUGCAUCCAUGAGUGGUACCUCGAACUAUGGGAGCUAUCUCACGACUACUGCCCCAGGAAACCCUGGAGGUUUCACGACAAAUUUGCCUUUCAACAAUUCCUUCCAAAAUGAGAAUUUCAUUCAAAAUAUUCAGUCGUACACAUCUUCAGUGGAUUCCCAACAACCAGCUUACGGGAUGAAUUUGUCGACAUACAAUUACCCUCAACCUUCUGUCCCACCAAACACCACCUCGUACUUGUAA